AUGUCGAGACCAAAGGGAUUACUAUGGUUGCCUUUGAUCUUCACUCCUGUCUGUGUCAUAGUAAACUCAAAUUUACUACUAUGGAUAACAGCAUUUGCUGUAAGAUUUACAAUAAUUGAUGGCCAAGCACAGCAUCCAAUUGUACUUACGAAUUAUGGUAAGAUACGUGGCACAAGAACAUCAUUAUCCAUAGAAAUUUUGGGACCUGUAGAGCAAUACUUGGGAGUGCCCUAUGCUGCACCACCAACUGGGGAGAGACGCUUCCAACCACCUGAACCACCUUCAUCAUGGACUGAUAUCCGGAAUGCCACACAAUUUGCUGCAGUGUGCCCACAAUAUUUGGAUGAAAGAUCAUUGCUAAAUGAUAUGCUGCCAGCAUGGUUUACUGCCAAUAUAGAUACAGUUGCAAGCUAUGUGCAGGUUCAAAGUGAAGAUUGCUUAUACUUAAACAUCUAUGUGCCAACUGAAGAUGGAGCCAACACAAAGAAACAAGCUGAUGAUAUAGCCAAUAAUGACCGUGGUGAAGAUGAAGAUAUCCAUGAUCCAAAUAAUAAGAAACCAGUUAUGGUUUAUAUCCAUGGAGGAUCCUACAUGGAGGGUACUGGAAACAUGAUUGAUGGAAGUAUACUUGCAAGUCAUGGAAAUGUAAUUGUCAUUACCGUCAACUACCGAUUAGGUAUCCUUGGAUUCUUGAGUACAGGGGACCAAGCAGCAAAAGGAAACUACGGAUUACUUGAUCAAAUACAAGCUUUACGAUGGAUUGAAGAAAACAUUGGAGCUUUUGGAGGGGACCCAAAGAGGGUUACAAUAUUUGGAUCUGGGGCUGGUGCAUCCUGUGUAAGCCUAUUAACCUUAUCCCACUAUUCUGAAGGUUUGUUCCAAAAAGCAAUCAUACAAAGUGGAACAGCUCUCUCCAGCUGGGCAGUGAACUACCAGCCUGCCAAGUAUACUAGGUUAUUGGCAGAUAAAGUGGGUUGUGACAUGCUGGAUACUAUUGACUUGGUUGAUUGUCUUCGGGAGAAGGAGUACAAAGAACUCAUUCAACAGUCCAUUACACCAGCUACAUACCACAUUGCCUUUGGACCAGUCAUUGAUGGUGAUGUCAUUCCAGAUGACCCUCAGAUACUCAUGGAACAAGGGGAGUUUCUUAACUAUGAUAUUAUGCUUGGAGUUAAUCAAGGAGAAGGCUUAAAAUUUGUAGAUGGUAUAGUAGAUAAUGAAGAUGGUGUAUCGUUAAGCGACUUUGACUUUUCAGUCUCCAACUUUGUAGACAAUUUAUAUGGAUAUCCAGAAGGAAAGGAUACUCUUCGGGAAACUAUUAAGUUCAUGUAUACUGAUUGGGCUGAUAAAGAAAAUCCAGAAACACGUAGAAAGACAUUGGUUGCACUUUUUACUGAUCACCAAUGGGUGGCGCCUGCUGUGGCAACUGCUGAUUUACAUGCUCGAUAUGGUUCUCCAACAUACUUCUAUGCAUUUUACCACCAUUGUCAAAGUGAAAUGAAACCAUCUUGGGCUGAUUCUGCUCAUGGAGAUGAAGUUCCCUAUGUAUUUGGCAUUCCGAUGAUUGGUCCUACAGAACUUUUCAACUGCAACUUCUCAAAGAAUGAUGUUAUGCUCAGUGCAGUUGUUAUGACAUACUGGACUAAUUUCGCCAAAACUGGGGAUCCUAACAAGCCAGUCCCUCAAGAUACAAAGUUCAUCCAUACUAAACCAAAUCGAUUUGAGGAAGUUGCUUGGUCUAAAUAUGACCCAAAAGACCAACUUUAUCUCCAUAUUGGUCUAAAGCCAAGAGUAAGAGACCACUACAGAGCAACAAAAGUAGCUUUUUGGUUAGAGCUUGUACCACAUUUACACAACCUGAAUGAAAUAUUUCAAUAUGUUUCUACAACGACAAAAGUACCUCCACCAGAUAUGACGUCAUUUCCAUAUGUUACCAGGCGGUCUCCUGUAAAGCCAAGGGGUACUACAAAACGUCCUGCAAUGACACCAGCAAAUAACCCUAAAGAAACACAAAAGACUGUCCUGGGUGAAACUACUAUUAUUGCAGAAGACAAAAGAGAUUACUCAACAGAACUCAGUGUCACAAUUGCUGUUGGAGCAUCCCUUUUAUUUCUGAAUAUUUUAGCUUUUGCAGCUUUGUAUUAUAAAAAAGAUAAAAGACGUCAUGAAACCCACAGACGGCCAAGUCCUCAAAGGAAUACGACAAAUGAUAUAGCUCACAUUCAAAAUGAAGAAAUUAUGUCCUUGCAGAUGAAGCAACUGGAGCAUGAUCAUGAAUGCGAAGCUCUCCAAGCACAUGACACUCUCCGGCUGACCUGUCCGCCAGACUAUACCCUCACACUUAGAAGAUCUCCUGACGAUAUUCCUCUCAUGACUCCUAAUACCAUAACCAUGAUUCCAAACACAUUAACAGGGAUGCAACCACUGCAUACCUUUAAUACUUUUAGUGGAGGCCAAAAUAGUACUAAUUUACCCCAUGGGCAUUCUACCACCCGAGUAUAGCUUUGCAAUGUUUUUCAUCCUCAUGGAGAAAACAAAAACAAACAGAAAACUUGUGAAGAAUAAGAAAAGAAGGAAUUAUUUUCUUACUCAUUCCUUUCUUGAGGAAUUGUCCUAUAUUCAUACUGAUCAGUCAAGUGUGAAUUUGUGUAAAAUGCUAUUAUGAUAAAGCUUAUGAAUUUAUCCUUGCUAGAAGAAUUUAGACAAACUUAAUAUUCUGAGCAAUCUCCUAGAAGAAAAUGGAUUUUUCCUCUCUAUCAUAUAUGAUGAAAGAAGCUGCUGUGGACCAGACAAAUGUUGUUACUGCUUUGUUUUUGUUUUCUAAGUUCUCUAUGUGCCAUAAAGAAACAAGGGGCCCUUGUUCAGAUAUGUUAGUAUAUUGAGCUUUUAAUGAAGCUGAUAUUUACAGUGGAAAUUCUAUUUAAAGCAGAGGACUGGCUAUGCAGAGUAAAAAUGUAUAGUUCUGGCAACAAAGGUAAAUGCCAUCACAAACUGUAUUUAAAGUAAAAAAAAAAUAUAUUUGUACAAAUGUAAAUAGCUGUGAGUUAUACAAAAUAUCUUUUAUUGUUGUUUUAAGUUUGAAAAAAGAACUUUUAGAAAGAUUGUGCUUUUAGUUGUGGCCUACGUGUAUAUACAUUAGUCAAGAACCAUCUCUAUUGCCUCCAGAACAAGAAAAAAAAGUUUUCUUCUUAAUAACUUGUCCUCAAAGCAGAGGUAUGUGAUUUUAUAAUAUAAUUCAUUUGUAGGAAAUAAUGAAAGCUCACUUGAAGAUGACAUUUUGGAUAUGUUACAGAACUCCCCUUUGAGGUUACAGAUAUGCAUGUGCAAUUUUACUGUACAUUAUUUUUUAUUUGAAUCAGUAUUUUAUAUUUUGCUCUUGUUUUAUGAAUUUCUGAUAAAUUGGUAAAUGCUCAAUGAUAAUGAAUCUAAUUAUAAAUGCAUAUGAGAAUGCUUGAAAUUGUUGUUUCCAUUACGAUCCAAAUAUCUCACAGUAUAUUAUUCCAGUGGAUAACAAAAAGCAAAAGAAAUCCAGAGCAUACUAGUUGCCUCUGUGUAUAUUAUUUUGUAAUAAUAAGACAAUGAUAGAGGCAACAUGGAUUUAGAUUUGUCUUAACUGAGGCAAUGCCUUUGCCACUAUGCCUAAUGUUUGUCAUAUAAAAUGUGGGUCAA